GUAGUGAACAUGGCUCCCACAACGAGACUCGUCUCCCUUGGGGUUCGACAAGUCUGCCUGUCGGACAGAUGUACAAGCCCGUGUGGCGGUCCGCUAACAUGAGAGCAAACGAGUCCGCGACAGCAAUAGUCCUCUUAUAACAAUCCUUUCGGCACAUCACCUGUUCCCAUGGCCGCUGCUUGGUUAGAUUCGAUUGAGGACAAGACAUCCUCGGCAAUGCUGCAACUAGUGGUAAUAGCUUUUGCCAUCUGGGCGUUGCAGUUCAUCAUCCCGGAGACGAAACGGCACAGACAGCGAAAGCUGCUCAGAGAAUGGGAUAUACUACCGAACGGCUCAGCAAAGCAAGAUUCCUUGGCACCGUUGAAGCCCAAGCAGCACGAACAUAUUCUCACAAAGUCCCGCAGCCUUCAAGUACUGCCCCCAUACGGACUUUAUGGACGCGAUACUUAUACCAGAGAAGAUGCGAUCGGCAAUCACUUUGUCCAGCCAAAGCGAGAGGCGCCGAAGCCACGACAGGAACCGAUCGCUAGCCCUGCCCCCCAAUAUGCGUUAAUGCCAGCCGAGAAGUCUUUGCCGUCGAGAGAACCGUCGUGCGUCUCCGGCCACUCGUCAGUUGCCCUGACGCCGCGGAACCAUGCCGUGGUCCCAUCGCGGCAGCAGCCCAUGCCUACAAUGCCUGCCCAGCAGCCUAUACUUCUGGCUCCGAAGCCAAGGAAAAAGAAGAGUCCGGCCCGUCUGUCUCACAUGCCGUCCGAGUUCCUGCAGAUGGUAGCCUCGUAUUUGUCGCCUUUGGCCCUCAUGUGCUUCGCCGUGACAUGCCGGGCGGCUUACGCGGCCUCUCACGACCGCUUCGCCACCAUCGGGUCGCUGGACCUGCUGGCGACCGAGGCAUUCCUUUUGAUGUGGGAGAGAGAACUGGAGGGUCACGUCUAUUGCCACGGGUGCAUGCGUCUGCACGCGUUCCACGCCCAAGGCAAGGAGGUCACACUGCGCCGUUGCGCUCGCCAGACGGACGACUUUCGCCUAGGACGGUAUACGCUUCCUUACCUUGUUGCCCGCUUGGCCGUCAACCGGCAUCUGUACGGCGAACGAUGCGGCGUCCCGCUCCACGUUCUGCGAAUGUGUCGACGCGUCGAUGAGCCUGCGCCCGGCGUCGAGGAUGACGGCUGGGCGGUGAUGCAGACAGUGCAGGCACGGGUUACGAGCGACGGGGAGCUGGUGGUCGCAUCGACUUGGACCCUAUACAAGCGGAUUGGCGUGUUGCCGCGCCCGGGAGGGCCGAUACCUAUCAUCAAGUCGAGAACAAAGUCCAUCACCGAUGGUAAAUUUGGCUUUGGUACCAAUGGUGGACUUAGCCGGACAACGACCAUCGGACGGACACAGAGUACUAGGCCACAGAGCACGGCCACCAGUCGGGCCCAGAGCACCAGCCGGACGACGACAACCAGCCGGACCCAAAGCACCAGCCGGCCACAGAGCAUCGGUCGGUCACAGACCACCCACACCAGCUGGCCGCAAAGCUUCAGCCGGACGCCAAGCUUCAGUCGGGCGUCAACCUUCAGCCGAACCAGGAAACUGAUGGACAAGGUGUCGGCGAUUGGAACCGACGAGAUGCAUGAGGACCAGGUGGCGGCCAGUGAGUAUCAGGUGUUUGAGCGGGCAGUUGGGCGCUUCUCGGAGCACCUGGCUGUUUGCCCCAGCACCCACCAGUGGGACGCCUACCGCGUCAUGUCGGGCAAGGUGGCCGAGUUUGCGGACCCGCGACAGCUGGAGCCGGCCUAUGGAGCGGUGCGGUCGUGCCUCAAGUGCCUGACCGACUACGAGGUCAACAUCAUCGAGGGCGUCGCGCCGGACCAAUUUGGUCGCUAUCACGACAAGCGCCACACAGUGCACGUCAACGGCAACGGCGGCAUCAACGGAAUUCACAUUCCGGACGGCGACGACGUCAAGAGAGUGCCGCACACCGACUGGGUUCUGUCCAUGACCAAGUAUUGCUACCUGGGCGGGUGCAGGUCUCCCUUCGAAGAGCGGUGGCCCAGUGGCACUGGGAAUGGACUAGAUGGCAGGAGGACGCCAGAGAGAGGGGCGACAGUCCGCGACAUGUGGCUCAGGGGAGACGGACGUGUUGGGACGGUCGCGAAGGCGGCCGAAGUGGCUGGGGUGGUGGAGGCGAGAAGGGAGCAGCUGAGGCGCUCUUUCAGAUAGAUGCCGUGAUUUGGGAUCAUUUGCGUGUCAUAGUUUUGUCAUUGUUUGGUU